ACAUAUAUCGUAAAUAUACUCGGUGCGAGACGCGUUCGCGUUUUUUGAUUUUAUAUAUGCGGAAGAAGCUCAGCAACUUGAACGGCGAGGUUUUCGGCGGGUGUAGUAACCAGCCAGUGAAACGAAUUGUCACUCAGAAUGAAUGUCGUGCGAAUCAACUCGAGAAAUGUGAUAUUUCUUCUCAUAGCACUUUUAUCAACUUCCAUUCAAGAAGUUCAUAUGGGUUAUGAAAGCUUAGUCAGUUAUGCUAUGAAAGAUGCUAAUGUCAAUUCUACACCAGCCUAUAGUAGUAAAAAGGAGGAAUUAGCUAAUCUGUGUCCAAGUGGGACACCUUGUAUGGAAUUGAGUAGCGAGUGCUUAAGGUGUAAUUUGAAUUAUAAUUGUGUAUAUGGCGCAAUGUAUGUCGCUAACUGUUCUGUGUUGGAACAUGUCGACUGCAUAGGAGAGCAGAACUUUCAAAAGAAAUAUAUGUGUCGUUAUUGUUAUCAAACUGAUCACUGGGAACAUCAGUGUCAGCAGAGAAAUUCUUGUAGCUCAGUGGCAUCUCCGCAACAAUAUUACAGAACAAAUUGUUCAGUGAAUGAUGACAUACUGUGCCUGGGGAGAAGGAAGUUCAUGAAAAACUUGCAAUGUAAUUGGACAGUUGGCUACCGGUGGUCUACGGCUCUGAUUUUGAGUAUCACUCUUGGGGGAUUUGGAGCGGACAGGUUUUACUUGGGACAUUGGCAAGAAGGAAUUGGAAAGCUUUUCAGUUUUGGCGGAUUGGGUGUAUGGACUUUAAUAGACGUGAUAUUAAUUUCUAUGAGAUAUUUAGGACCUGCUGAUGGUUCUUUGUACAUUUAGAUGUUUAUGGACAGUAUUGUUAAUGAGUGAUCAUUUAUUCAAUUACUUUUAUUCUAAUUUAUUAUCCUAUUUCUCUAAGAGAAGAAUAUAUGUAAUAUUAGUUAUAAGUAAACUGAAUAAUACAAGCAAAGUGAUAUGUAUAUACAUAUA